AUUACUUUGACAAAAAUGUGACACUUUCAAUCACAACACUCAAACAGAAUAAGACAAAAAAAAAAAAACAAAAAAAGGCAAAAAAUGGUAUCCAAAAAAAGAAGAAAUUCUGAUGACGAUAAGAGGAAGAAAGAAGCCAGUUUUGGGUCCGAUCCAUAUGAGCUAAAAUUUCCACUGCCGGAGCAUCUCGAUCCGUCCCAAUGCCGCGAUGAAUUCAUCAGCUCGAUCAUCAGGGAGCACGAGAUCCGGGCGAGUUCUCUGAGGCCCAGAUCAACGGUUCGGGAAGCUUUAGAGUUUGAUAAUCCCCAGGAGGUCAUGGAUGAGGGGUCCGAAAAGGGGGCAGAGGCUAUGGUAGUGCGGCAGUUGGUGAGUCAACGCAAGAGAGGAAGUUUUCGGAAGACGAAGGAGGAGAUUUUGGAAAACAUUAGGUUGCGGUCGACCAUGAUGACUGAUCUCAACCUGAAAUGCCAGAAGGCGGCCAUCGAGUUCCUGUCGGUUCGCCUACUAAAGCAGUUGCGCCUCUUUUCGAGUCCCUGGCCCGGUGACACUGGGGAUAUCCCUUACAACCUGUUCAGCUGGUCGAUGGACGACUUCUUGGUGCGCGUGACCAUGAAGCAGGUCUACCUUGAUGUCAUCAAUCGGGAGCGAAGUGCGGAUGAUCUGAACUGCCUCAAGUUCUGCAAGGACUUGGGUCAGAUCGAACUUCUUAUACACGAGAUCAGAGAAGAUUAUCGCAAUGAUAGGGAUCUAUGCCAAAGCAGCAUGGAAUUGUUAAAAAGCGCGCAAUACAACACCAACGCACCUUGGGUCAAAACCCUCAAUCAUAAUCUUGAGAGCAUGCAAUCCAGUGUUGUAACCGCUAAGCUUUUUGCUCAAAGUAGCACCUUUAACAUGGUGUUACGUCACUCAUCGGCAAUGGAAACCUUUGAAAGCGAGUCAGCCCAGGAUCCGAUUGAAAUGCGAUACCAAAUCAAUUGGAUUAGAAGCUGUACGGAUCAGCGUCUCUUCCGCAUAAACGGAAGGGAGGAGAAGAUGAAAAAGGAGCUCCAGGACCUAGAGAUAAAAGCAUUGCAGGAUGAAACGGUGCGCAAUUCCUGCGAGCUCAUUUAUUCGCUGGAGGUGGGAAAGCUUAGGGAAAGCAUCAGAAAGUGGCAGGAUCGACUUGAUACCGACUUGGAGAACGCCGACGUCAUGUGCACCGUAUCAAGGCUUGCACUGCAAAAGAUAAAGGACGAUAUCAAGUUCUACAGUGAACAGAAGGACAUGUAUCUCCAGCGAAUUGCCGAAGUGCAAGCCAUCAUAGCUCAGGAAUCAAAGCAACGUUUUCAGGGGAUAUAUGGUUCCACCGAAAGCCGAUUAUCCAGGAGGUCGGUAAGAAUAUCACAAAGUUCUGAGAGAAAGUCUGAGAGGAAGUCCGAGAGAAAGUCAGAAAGGAAGUCUGAUAGAAUGAUAGGACGAAAGUCUGAAAGGCUUUCUGAAAGACGGUCUGAAAGAAAAUCCAGAAAUUCCAAAAUGCAGUAGAAUAUUCUCCGAUUUGGCCUCCUUCAAUUUACAUAAGUGUUUGCAAUUUACCAAAGAAUACAUUAAACAUUUCUUAAACGUUA